AUGACCAUCGUCAACGUGGGUGCUUCGGAGAAGGACGACGUUCCUGUGGGAGCGAAAGUCAGAGUGAACAAAUCGGUCGUAGUGUAUCACGUGCCGAAAACCAAAGGGGCGGCGACUGAUUUAAACGGUAUGGAGGGAGAAGUUGCACAGAGAGCGGAUGAUCUCGACGGCACGUACAUUUCAGCCAAUCUUCCGGUGAAAGUUGCUUUGCCGAAUCCGGAUGGAAGUGGCAAAACGUUCUUGGUACACGUGACAGCAGACGAGAUCGAAAUCCUGUAA